AUGGUACGUGAAUUUAGUUGUCUUUCAGAGUUUGUAUUGGUAGUCAAGCUAAUUGUACUGAUAACGCCUUGUAUUAAAGGAAACUGCAAUUAUGUCAUCACAAAGCAGAACGACGUCGAAUUCAACAGCUCUCAACAGACAAUACAUAAAACCAAGGGGCUUCAACAAUGCUUGAAGGAGUGUAGUGUCCGUGCAGGUUGUCUAUCAGUCAACUUUGACAAAUCCACUCUGACAUGUACAUUGCAAACCGAGUCUGCAUCCUCUACCGGUGGCCAUACAGACGAAGCCCCAGGGAUGGUGUACUUAGAGAGAGACCAGUGGGAUCAGGCGAUUGCUGGUCCAUGUAAUGACACGGUGUGUCCAACUAACUCUCUAUGUGUUGCAUUGUCGAGUGGACAGACAUCAUGUGUAGCCUUCGAAUGUCCCGAUCCCAUCGUAUACUAUAAUUCGUAUAUAACUACUCCGGAGGUAUCAAAGGGUUUCGGCUCAACCAUUGAAUACGCAUGUCCGACUGGCUACGUGUGGGUUGGUGGUGUCGUCACUUGCUCAUUAUCGGGAUCCUGGCAAGGUGCCAAUCAGGUUGAAGGUUGCUUAGUUUUCGCUUCUGAUGAUCAUUGUGUGGACGAUGAUGCCGUUUGCUCACAUAUUACCUCCGCUAGGUGUAAGGCUGGUGUUUGCGUCUGUCAAGACGGCUAUUCAUUUAUAACAGAAACGUCUAGAUGCAUAAAGGACUGCAAGAGCCUUUUUACUGCUGGUAACAAAACGAAUGGUGCUUAUGAAAUAGCACCUGACGGAAUAAAUUCAAUCACGACUUUCUGUGACAUGGACAAUGGUGGUUGGACUGUUUUUGAACGACGCUAUGUUGGAGAUGUGAAUUUUAUGAGAGAUUGGGCAGAUUAUCGUUUUUCCUUUGGUUUACCGGAUGGAGACUUUUGGCUCGGGUUAGAAUACCUCAACGCCCUCACAAUGUCAGACAGUGAUGUAUAUUUUGACUUCAUAACAACCUCAGACCAACCCUAUUUUGCACUGUACCACAAUUUCAGUGUUGCUGAUAACAGCAGUCUAUACAAAUUGUCCUUGUCCAGUAAUUUUGAUAUGACUCCCGAGUAUAACAAUAUUAGAAAUGGAGGUUUCUAUGAUCAUAACAAUAUGUUUUUCUCUACCCCAGAUAUGGAUAAUGACAUUUCGAGUUCAAACUGUGCAACUACUCGCGGCGCCUGGUGGUGGAACAAAUGUUACACAUUUGGAUUGUUCCUAAACAAUUUUAAUGACAUGCGUAUGUACAUGGGGUUUAAUAAUACAUAUAUAUACUUCAAGAACACAACAAUGAAAGUGCGACGCACAAAAUAG